UUUGUCAAGGGUACAAUUCCCGAUGUUAUCAUGAGCCUAGACCCCCCUCUCCAUGCUGUAUCCCUGAACUUGCCAAUCAGGGGCUCGGUCCUUCAUCUGCACUCAGUUACCUGACUAUACACUGUCCUUUGCCUGACUGUGCGGAUCAACCCUGCCACAUGGUUCUGGUUCCAAGACAGGAAACGAUGUCCAGUAUCACAACUAGUUCUACGAUUUGCUCUCCACAGUACAGUCAGCCACAGGAUGAGGAAGAGGAGAACUCUGAGCUUCUAGAUGGAAUUGACAAGACAGGAUUCAACAAUGAUCUUCUCAAGGAUGAGGAAAGGAGCAGGUAUGUGGAUCCUGGGUCGGAUGAAGAUGAAACAUCGGAUACCACCCUGAGCAUAUCCAGAGGGUGUUCUAAACCAAGUCGGGAGUUCAAGUCUCCAACGUCAAACCAAUCUAUUCAAGAACUCAUCAAGAAGAGAAGAGAAAAUAUACAGGAAGUUUGCAACGAGAAUUAGAUAGCCAGGAGAACUUUGCAUAUAUUGUUUGAUUUAGUUAGCAAAAUAUAUAUCAUAUAGACUAAAUGGUAUUGUUUAUAAUAUUCAAAAUUCAAAUGGUCUAAUAAUAUCCCAACCAAGGAGUAUAGAAUAUAAUGGAGAAAGGACCGACCCGGCCGGCCCGGUACCAUAUGAUUAUGCCUUGCAGACGGUAAUACAUUUGAAUAAGAAAUAUGCUUUCCUUAUAUCGCGUACAUGUAUUCAGAAUUGGUUAUUGUAUUCAUUACACGAGGAAAAAAGUAGGCUGAAUAACGCCAAACAAACACAUUUUUUUGA